AUGGCUGUCACUACCCCUUUUCAGACUCUCUUCGCCGUGCCCAUGCACUGUGACGGUUGCGUCAAGGACAUCACGAGCGCCCUGCAUAAGUUGCCAGGUAUCACCAAGGUCGAGGCGAAUGUCAAGGAUCAGUUGGUCUCAAUCGAAGGGACAGCGGCUCCGUCGGCUAUCGUUGAAGCCAUCCAGGCCACUGGGAAAGACGCAAUCUUACGAGGGUCAGGGACCUCAAACAGCGCGGCAGUUAGCAUCCUCGAGACAUACCACCAUCGGCCAACAGACGCAGAGGUGACGCCCGCCGAUGCCCCCGGCGAGAGUUGGGUGAACCAGAGACUCGUCAGGGGCUUGGUGCGGAUGGUGCAGGUCAGUCCGACCGAGACCCUGGUCGACCUGACCGUCCGCGGCGUUCCCCCGGGCACAUACCAUGCCAGCAUCCGGGAGUACGGCAACCUCAAGGACGGGGCGGCAUCGGCGGGGCCGGUCUGGCUGGGUGUCCAGGGCAAAGAGGGUGGUGCUGGCAAGCCGCGUGGAGUUUUGGGGACGGUGCAGGUCGGCCCCAAUGGCUAUGGGAAUGCAUUCAUCAACCGGCCGUUCCAGGUAUGGGAGGUGAUCGGCCAUGCGCUGGUCGUCUCACGGCAGGAUGAGAGCGACGGCGAGCCGUUGAAGAACAAGGAAGACACCGUGGUGGGCGUCAUCGCUCGCAGUGCGGGGGUCUGGGACAAUGACAAGACGGUGUGCUCCUGCACGGGGAAGACGCUUUGGCAGGAGCGGAAGGAUGAGGUGUCAAAGGGCAUGUUAUGA